AUGCCCUCAAUAUUUAUUUCCCGAUACGAGGAUAUAUCUCAGCUCAUUUUGAAAUCAAUAACCAGUGAUGAGCAAUUGUAUCAUGAAAAUGCUUAUACGAAUCAUCAUCACGAACACACCUCUUCAAAGAAACACAAAACUUAUGAUAUUAUGUUAUCGGAAUUUAAUGACAUGUUUUCAAAAGUGCCCUCUUCUGAGCAUACUCUCCAACAGAAAGUAACAACAAAAGAAGCUACUGAAAAUAAGAUUGUUCCGUUUAAUAAUCAUAUUCAGAAAAAAGAUGACACAACAUUUUGGAUUUAUGAUCCGACCGAUUUUGAUCCAUGGUUUGUUGCAAAGUUUAUUCCACCAAACUCGGAAACGUUUGUGGCAAGUCAUGUAGAAUUUGUUGUGAGCACUACAGCUCCAAGAUAUGUAAGAAAUAUUAUGAAUGCCAUACAAGUGGCUUUCAAAAUGGCAACUGCAAUUAAUGCCAACUGUUAUUUAAAGGAUUCCACCAAAUCAUACACUAUCACGAACGAUUUAAUAAGGAAAUGGCUCUUUGACCCUCAAAUGGUGUUUGUGAAGGAAAAACAAAAGGAAUGGAUUGAAAAGAUGGAACUGAUGGUUCAAAAGAAGAUGGCUCCUCUUGAGUUUCCGAUUGGCAAUAUGGACAUGAUUCGAGAUUUCUUCUUCUUUGAAAUUACUCGAGUCUCUGAUGUGGUGGCAGUUUUCAAAUCUCUCAACAAGAUCAUUCCUCCCUCAUUGAGCGUUGCUGCUCUUGACGCUAAUUUAAUGGACAUUCCAGAAUUUCGCCAGUCCACUCCAGAAGAGCGACCAACCUCAAGAUUUAACGAGAAUGAAAAUCAAUCAUGUCUCAUCGUCGAUCGAAAAUCUAAAAUAUGUAAAACCAAAGUAGAAUGGGAUAGUGCUGAAAAAGUCUUGCGAGUGUCAUCCAACUAUUUUGCGAGGCCACCUGUUGGAGGCAUGUACAGAACACUUCCCUUUCAUUCACUAGCAAGUUGCACGCUUCUCAUUUGCAAAUGCGUCAUGAGUCACUUGGGGAAAUCAUGGAGUGACGAUUGUUUCCUCAAUACUCGAAGUCUCAAUGAAGGAUUUGUUAAAAAUCUUCAAGAAAAGUUGAAACAUGAUCCCAUCAGUACAGAAUUUUACUACUGGCUGGAGCAAGCUCAAAAAGAAGACGACCAAUUACUUCUCUCGGAUAAGUAA